UUUUUCUGUAAGUUAUGGGGAAACAAAAUCCGUUGGGCACGUUUGUGUAGGUAUGCCCAUAGGCAUUACCUUCUCUUCUGACUAAAAGAUAGAAAAAAAAUCUUCCAGGAAGCAGAUGCGAGUUAUUUACCCUAGAUGUAACUAAGUGUUGAUAAAUAUGUCGGACAGCAGCGACCACGAGGAGGAUGAGAGAAGUAAAACCAUCAUUAAAUUGGCUCAUUCUAAGCGAAAUGUGAAUAAAAGACGUCUCAUAGUUGUAUUAGAAAAUUCAUCACUGGAAAUAGUAAAGAUUGGGAAACAAUAUGAACUUUUAAAUUGUGAUAAACAUCGACAUUUAGGGAAAAAAUUCAAAAAAGAUAUGUCAACAUGCAGACCAGACAUCACUCACCAAUGCUUGCUGAUGUUGAUGGAUAGUCCACUUAAUCGUGCUAAUCUUCUUCAAGUUUAUGUCCAUACGGAAAAGAAUGUUCUGAUUGAAAUAAAUCCACAGACUAGAAUUCCUCGCACUUUUGAGAGAUUUAGUGGGCUGAUGGUUCAGCUUCUUCACAGACUUAGUGUGCAUGCAUCAGAUGGACCACAGAAAUUAUUGAAGGUUAUAAAGAAUCCUAUAAAUGACCAUUUACCUGUAGGAUGUACAAAGCUGACCAUGUCAUUCAGUGCUCCAUUAUGCAAAGAUGUGAAGUCAUUAGUGCCAGAAAAAGAUCCCAUUGUGUUCGUGAUAGGGGCAAUGGCUCACGGGAGUGUUGAUGUUGAUUAUACAGAGAAGUCCUUGUCCAUUAGCAGUUAUCCUUUGUCCGGUGCACUGACCUGUGCUAAAGUCUGUUCAGCAUUUGAAGAUGCUUGGGGGAUAGUUUGAAAUUUUGACAUAAAUUUAUUUCAAUUUUAUAUUA